AUGCCCCACACCGUCCAGAUCUAUUCGCUCCGCGACAGGGCUCCGACCUACGGCAACGAGGAUUUCUCGGACCUGCUUAACUGGACGGCCUUCCUCAUGAAGGCUGGCCGGCCCGUGGUCUUCUACCCGGAGACCGCAUAUUGGGUGAACUACGAUAUCUCGGUGCCGAUAUUCUUGGCCCCCGUGUACGCCAGCUCGAGGGUUGAGGACGCCCUGCUCCUAGACGAAAUCUCCAGCCCGUCGAGGCCCAUGGGGCAGCUCAAUUUCGAGAGCGGCUGGGAGUGGGGCUACUGGCUCGCCAACUCCGCCCAGGCCGCGGUGGCGUGGCGGAGGUUCGAGAAUGUCACGGCGGUCUUCGCCCACCUAUUCCGCUUCCUCGAGCGCCCGUACCGGGACGCGCUCGUGGCCCUGCUCGACGACUUCGCGGUGGCGCAGCGCCGGCUCCUCAUCGGAGGCUUGCCGGGGACUCCGCCGGCGCCGCGGACGAAGAGCGGGACCGUCACCGGCAUCGCCUACAUCAUGGGCUCCGAGGGGCUCUCGGACAUCGCCAGCCUCGUGAUCGGGCGCUUCUCGCACCACGGCACCCCGCAGCCCGACCGCCUCCACUUCUCAGACCUCUGGUACGAGUCCCGGCUCUCCGUGUUCCUGGUGCUCCUCAACGGCUUCGGUCGAUUCGGCAAGGUGGCCAGCGACAUCGCGGGCUUCUUCUACACCACGUUCUUCACGCUCCGGUCGGACCGUGCGCGGUGGUACGACCUGCACCUGCGCCCGCUCCUGGCCGAGAUGAACUCCACGUUCUCGGAGCUCGCCGACCGGUUCGACGCGCUCCCAGCGGCGCCCCCCCAGGCGGAGGAGUACGCGCGCGACCUGCGCGUCUCCGCGCGGCUGCUGGCGCUGCGGUGCGCACAGGUGGCAGCCCUGUACGCGCACGCCGCGCGGUGUGGCGGCCGGGCUGCCGACGAGCCGGACUGCGCGGACCUCUUGGCUGCGGCGCGGCGCUCGCUGGAGGAGGCGCUGGCGCUGGUGCCAGAGAGGGAGGCGCAGUACGGCCUGGCGGCCAAGGCCGGCAAGCAGAUCUACGGGUGGCGGCCUCCGAACCCCACCGCGUACCACUACGGCUACCUCUGGGCCGCACACAGGCUGUUCUACUGGCAGCGGGACCAGGCCAUCGUGGAGCACCGCGUGAAGAACCCUUGCUUCGGCACCAUCAACAGUGCCGUACAGCUCGGCCUGCAGGGUGGCGGCAGGAGGUUCGUGCACCAGCUGCGCGAGCUUCUGGAGAGGGCCCUCGACAACCGCCUCUGGGCGUUCGGCCUCGCCGAGUGCCUCGACGUGCCGGAGCGGGAGCCCUCCCCGCUCGAGGACGCCGCGGAGGGCGGCGCGGAGGGUUGGCUGUUCUCGUCCUUGGUUGUGGCCCUCUCCUACCUCUACAUGAAGCGCAGAGGCCACGACUCGCACCGCCUCACCACGCUGCUCGGCCUUCGCCGGGGCGACGGCGGUGGUGGGCCGCCGCCCGACGUCCCCGCCGCCCGCGUGGCGGGCGCGCUGCACCGCGUCCGCACGGCCCUUGGGGACGGGCGUUCGGCCACGCCCACCGGCGGCCCGCCGGCCGCAGCCGCGGCCGCC